CUCGGCCAGAUCACAUCUCGACCCUUGGCUUUGCCAUAGCGAACAUGUCGACGAGCGUCGCGGCACCGGCGGAAAAGGCCAUCUUGGCACCAAGCUCGAACGUGCAAUAUGCAGGUUUCGCGGCCGGCAUCGCAUCGGGCUGGACUAAACUGAUCGUCGGGCAUCCAUUCGAUACGAUAAAAACUCGUGUACAAUGCGCCCCUCCUCAAGCCUACCGGGGCGCUCUCGACUGUUUCAUCCAGACCGUAACGAAAGAAGGACCACGGAAGCUCUACGCAGGGGCACUCGCGCCCGCUCUGGGGUGGUCGAUCACGGAUUCGAUCCUGAUGGGGAGCUUGCAUAACUAUCGGAGAUGGUUGAAGAAUGCCGGGUUUGGAGAGAGUGAUCCGAAGAAGAUGAAGGGGGUUUUGGAAGUGGGGGACGAUGGAAAGCGGUUGAGUUUGAUGGGGCAUGCGAUAGCGGGGAUGUUUGCCGGAUUUUCGAAUGCCGCCUUCGCUCACCCUAUUGAGACGAUCAAAUCUAAACUACAACUCCAGUUCAGCCUGGACGCCCUGAAGAAACCCUCGACCGCAUCAAUAUCGACACCAGCCCCAGUAUUGACACCGAAUUCGACGUCGACUGGUCAAGUUCGUAGUUAUACUAUAAGCAGUGCAAGUGGGCUGCAUCGGGUACCGAAAGAGCUGUUUCGAGAACGGUAUACGGGACCGAUCAACGUCGUCCAGCAGACCGUCAAGGUCCAGGGGCUGAAAGGAAUGUGGAAAGGAUUCGGAGCGACGCUAUGGUUCAGAAGCAGUUUCGCUUGGAUGUUCGGAGGAUUCGAGUUCUUCAACCGGCAGUUCGCGAAGCUAGAGAACACACCUUAUGCCAUGUCGCAGGGGACUAGCAACUUUAUUGCCGGUGGGAUGGCCAGUAACGCCUACUGGGCCGCAGCGCUACCCGCCGACAACGUCAAGAACAGAAUCAUGUCCGACGGCCUCUCUCAGCCAAAGUACAAGGGAAUCUGGCACGUCGUACAGACCAUCUUGCAUGAAAAGGAUUGUUCAUCGAGGUCAAGGAUGGGGAACUUGUUGGUAGGCGGGACCAACUUUUACCGGGGCGUAUUUCCCGUGGCCUUGAGGGCUUUCCCGACGAACGCUGCUGCAUUGACCGUAUGGGAAGCUGUGAUGAGGUCUUUUAACAAAUGAGUUGGGACAAGGUGGUCAUGAGUCACGUGAUGCGUUCUCGGGGGCUGCCGCUUCGAUUCCGCGAGGUGUAAACAAACAAAAGUAGAUCAUAAACAAACGUACAAACGAUGAAUCUAACUACUACAAGCUAUAAGCU